UUCAAUAUGACAGAAAAACCUAUUCGUAUUGGAUGUUAUUCCGCAUUCUGGGGUGAUUCAACAGCCGCCGCAACACAACUUGUUCAACACGAAGGAAAGAACUUGGAUUAUCUUGUGGCUGAUUAUUUAGCAGAAAUCACCAUGGGUAUUUUAGCAGCACGUCGCCAACGUCGGUUGAUGCAAGGCGAUCAUGCUAAAAAAGGAUUCGACUUUAUCCAUGAAUUUAUUACACUUGUACUCGUCAAAAUUUUACCGGAUAUUGUGAAAAAUGGCACCAGAGUAAUUACGAAUGCAGGUGCAUUAGAUCCAAUUGGCUGUAAACAAGAAAUCGAAAAACUGCUGAAAAAAAUGAACAUUCAAGGCGUUAAAGUGGCUGCCGUAUUAGGUGAUGAUGUAUUAGCCGAUAAAGAAGAGCCAACUCUAAAUUCUUUCAAGAAUGUCCACCCAUUUUCUUCCAUAUCCUCUGUUGACCAUCAACGAGAUUCAGAUCGUUUACCGGCAAAAGACGAGCCCAUUGUAUCUUUAAACGCUUAUUUAGGCGCUCAUGGCGUAGCUGCAGCAUUAAAAGACGGAGCUCAAAUCAUUGUUACAGGCCGUGUGGUCGAUUCUGCAUUGGUAGUGGGUCCAUUAAUGUACGAAUACGGCUGGAAUGAAGACACUACUACUAACUAUUAUGAUCUGCUGGCUUCUGCUUCUUUAGCGGGCCAUAUUAUCGAAUGUGGAUGUCACACGACAGGAGGAAACUUUACAGAUUGGCAAUUAGCAGCACAAUCACCUUAUGGAGGUUAUUCCAAUAUGGGAUACCCCAUUGUUGAAUUUAAUGCAUCGGGUACAUUUAUCGUGACAAAGCCUGAGAAAACGGGAGGAUUAGUGACACCGGCUACUGUUUCUGAACAGAUCCUUUACGAAAUCUUAGAUCCAGCUUUAUACCUUUUACCCGAUGUAAUUUUGGAUAUGCGUCAAGUGAAAUUGUCCCAAUCUGGAAAUAAUCGUGUUUUAGUAACCGGAGCAAAAGGAAUUCAACCCACUCCCUUCUUAAAAUGCUCAGGUAUCUUUUUGGAUGGCUGGAAAAUUAGCGCCGAGCUGGUGAUUGGUGGUAUUGAUGCUAAAAAGAAGGCACAAGCUGUAGGUGAGGCCAUCAUUCAACGUGUACGCAACAUGUAUAAGCAAAUGGGCAUGGAUGAUUUCAGAAAUGUGAAUAUUGAGCCUAUUGGCGGUGAAACUCUAUUUGGACCCCAUUCAAGAGUAAAUGAUACACGUGAAGUUUUGCUAAGGUUGACUGCUCACCAUGACGAUCCUAAAGCUUUAGGCCUUGUAGCCAUGGAAACGAUUCCUUCUGCCACAUGCAUGGCACCUGGAAUCACAGGAAGUGGUGCAGGACGCCCUAAACCAAUUCCAAAUCUGGUUCAUUUUCCUCUAUUAAUUCCCAAAUCUCAAGUCACAACUCGCUACGUCGUUGGCACUGACGCUAUCAAAACAAUUGGCUGGGGCUCAUGGGACAAUCAAGCAAGUUACGGCAAGCCACGUGCCGUUGCAGCGAUUCCUACAGCCAAUCUAUCCGAACCCUUAGUUAAGGUCCGAUUAAUUGACGUAGCUUAUGGUCGUAGUGGGGAUAAAGGCGAUGUUUGUAAUAUCGGUAUCAUUGCUCGAGACGAAAGGUUCUUACCAUAUAUCAAACGCUCAAUCACGGAAGAGGUUGUAUCUGACUACAUGAAGCAUUUAUGCAAAGGAAGUGUGACACGAUUUGAAUUGCCAGGCCCUCGUGCUAUGAAUUUUGUCUUGACGCAUUCGUUAAAUGGAGGAGGCCUUAGUUCGUUAGUUGUGGACCGACAAGGUAAAACAUAUGCACAGUUAUGCCUUAGUGGGUUAUACGUUGAAGUUCCUGCUUCCUUAAUUGCUAGUGAAGCAAAACUAUAA